AUGGAGCAGGAUGCGGAGACCUUUCGUCCAGCCAAGCGGCUGAAAGCCGCCUUGGCACCCAAUGUCUUCGCGCAGUUCACCGCGCUGGCCAAGCAGCACGGCGCGGCGAAUUUGGGUCAAGGAUUUCCCUCCUUUGGAAGUCCCAGAUUUCUCCAAGAUGCUGUGAUGAAGGCGAUGCAGGGGGAUGUCUUUGCCACCACUGGAGCGCCAGAAUCCUUGGGAAAUCAAUAUACUCGGCCCGGUGGUGAGCCCAACUUAGCCGAGACCCUGGCACGAUUGUAUGGGCCUCGCUUCAAUCGUACCUUGGAUCCUUUGAAAGAGAUCGUCACCACCAUUGGUGCGCAGGAAGCCAUUUUCACCAGCCUCUUCUCGUGGACCGACCCAGGGGAUGAAGUGCUCCUCUUCACUCCUUGCUUCGACGCCGUGGUGCGAUCUGCGUCCACCUUGCAAGUGAAGUUGAUUGGUGUGAACCUGCGACCGCCAUGUGACGGCUCCACUGCCAGCUUGAAGGAUUGGUCGGUGAAUAUGGAGGAGCUGGAACGAAGCAUUACGCCCCAGACGCGGAUCUUGAUGUUCAACACCCCCUCGGCGCCCUUCGGAAAGGUCUUCCGGCAGGAAGAGCUCGAAGCCAUUGCGGAGGUGGUGAGGCGUCAUCCCAGAAUACUGGUCAUCUCUGAUGAGGUCUAUGAGAGAUGUGUUUACGACAACGUCUCACAUUUCCACUUUGCUUCCUUACCUGGGAUGUUCGAGCGCACCAUGACGCUCUUCAGUGUGGGGAAAACCUUUUCAUGCACCGGCUGGCGCGUGGGAUACAUUAUUGCACCUUCAUCUUUGGCGGCCCCGCUGCUGGCCAGCCACACUGCAGUGAACUUUUGUGCACCGACCCCUUUGCAAAAGGCGAGUGCUGCAGCCUUUGAUCAGGCAGAGAAAGAGGGCUAUUUCGAGUGGUUCCCCAAGAUGAUGCAGGAGAAGCGCGAUUUUUUGGUGAAGGUUUUGCAGGAGGUGGGCCUAAAACCCUUAGUACCUGAAGGCGGAUAUUUCAUCAUUUGCGAUGCUACCAUCUUCUUGGAGGCUGCCCACAUCGACGACGACCACGUGUCGGCGGAGACGCCCUUAGACGAGCGACCCGAUGUGAAGGUCUGUAAAUGGAUGACUGAGAAGGUGGGUGUGACGGCCAUUCCCGUCAGCCCCUUCUACUUGCCAGAGUCUCGUCAUUACGCGAACCGGCUGGUGCGCUUGGCCUUUUGCAAGGAUGAGGCCACCAUGUCCUUGGCGGCCGAACGACUCAAGCAGUGGCAUGUUCCACCCUACGGCUUCGCGCUGCUCUACUCGCGCUGGGAGGUCACUGGCGCGGCACGACGGAUACAGAACUGCACUCCCAGGGAGAUUUGCAGACUCUUGCAUCACACAACGUGGUCAUUGAUGUGGUGUGUGCCUGCGGUCACCUAUGUGAUCAUCCGUGUGGUGGAACACCGUGAAGAAACGUACGACUCGCAAAUGGGGCUCUUUUCCAUCCUGGUGAUCCACUACGUGGUCUCUGCCAUUGGGAUUGGCAUUGGGCUCUUCUAUCCCAUUUGGGAUUCCGAUGCCAUUUGGCCCUUGACCCGAGUGUCGGUCCUCACGCAGUUCUCAAGAUUUGUUUUUUGGGGACUGGUGCUCAUGGUGAAGUGCGUGCUGGCCUACUAUGGCCUCAUCUCCAAAAUGUUGCGCUCCGUCAGCAAACUUCGCCUGAGUCAAUACUCCUCUUCCCAUGUCUUCGCUCAAGCCGGAUGGCGUGGCCUUCUUCUCAAUGCACCUCUCAGUCGAGAUUUUGUGGAGGAAUGUGGAAUCUGGGGUGCGGCAUUUUUCCUCUUCUUCGCCGACACGCCACUGGGAUCAACAGCACGCGCGGAGUGGCUGGUCGCAGAGCUGCGCGGCAGAGCGGUGUGGAUGGUGUCCUUCUUGGCCCGAUCGCUGCGCGUGCGCCUGGUGAUGGUUUGCAAUGAUAGCAGCGACGAUGAUGUCGAGUCUAUUUGCAUGUCCAAGUCUACAGAACGCAAAGGAAGCAAAUACGAGGAGAUCAAGAGCCUUCCGCAAGCGCGCUUUGUCAAUGUCACAUCCCGCAAUGGCCACGCUCCUCAGCCCAGCCCCAUGGGCCAGGCGAUUGCCAAGAGCAUUUGGGAAUGGCGUAUUUGCUUGGCCAUCGGCUGGCCUUUGCUGGCUGUGCUCAUGGCACCCUUUGCAUACAUGAUGGUGAUCAACGCCCUACCGCUGCCCAAGAACCCGCCCCAUGGCACUCCCUCGGCCCUGGCGGAGGAACUCUUCGAGGCGAAAUUUCCCUACUUGGUGGGGAUGAAGAUGGAAAUGGUGCUCAUCAAGUGCCGGGCGCCCUGUGAGAGUGCCGUGUCCUCCGUGAGCAAGUCACACGUGGAGAUUCUGAAGGACAUGGUUUUGCGCUUUGGGCAUGAGUACCCAGGGACGAUUAUAGACAUUCGUUCCUACUACACGUUCGGGACGAAGAUCGAUGACAAUCCAAUGCUAUCCUUCGACAAGCAAAGCAUCCUCUUUGUUUGGAGUUGGCGUGUCAAUGGGACGAUGAAGCUAGAAGCGCAGGAUUUUGCACGUCAGAUAACGAGAAUGUGUGACUCCUUGAACGAGCAACUGGAUGAUGGGCCUCUCAGCUACCAGCUGGCUGCCACCGGUCCCACUUUUCUCAAUGUGGCCAUGAAGGAGACCGUCCUUCACGAGGUGCCGAUCCAUGAGAUAGAGACGCUCUGGCUGCCCUUCGGUAUUUUGGCAUAUCGUCUUCAAAGUGCGAGGCUCUUGCUCCUGGCACUGUGCUCCAUGCCCGUGUCCAUUCUCAUCUCUUUUGGCUUCAUGUACUUCGUUUCGACCCAGCUGCCGGUGAUCCUGUAUGCGCUCGUGAUGAUGCUGAUGCUUUGCACUGCUCUGUCUUUUGACUACUCGCUCUUUACCAUGACAAGAUACGGAGAAGAGCGAAGAAAGGGUACCAGCCUAGAAGAUGCCAUCGCCAUUGUGAUCACACAAAGUGGUCAUGUGGUGGUUGUGUCUGGCCUUGUGCUUACCAUUGCCUAUGGCUCCCUGCUAGUGCUUCCAGGUGCCUUCAAGAGCUUUUGCAUUGCUGCUUGCAGCAUGAUCCUGUGUUGCAUUGGUGUUCAGAUGACUUUUGUGCCGUGCCUCUUGGGGAUCUUCCCAUGGCUGGGCGCUGGCUUUGACGUGGUUUCUCCCGAGGAAGAAGCUGAUGAAGGGGAUGCUUCGUGGACCGAGGAGGAAGAGGAAGAUAUUGGCCAUGAGGAGCUGGAGGAAGACACCCCGGCCACGCGAAAUUCGUUGCGGCAUGUGCGUGUCUUUCGCAAGGGCAUCUACUACAGGGUCGGAGGGAAACUGACCCAGUGCCCGCUGAACAUUUUGGUACCCAUCGCCAUCUAUGCUGUGACAUCUCCAUUGACCUAUCGCGUUCUGAGGUAUCAAAUGGGCCACGCCUAUGAGCUUCAAAUCCCUCGUGGGAAGAAAGAGUGGGAAACCUCGCUGAGCAUCCAACAGGAUUUUCCCACCAGUGUGGGAUGUAUGAUGCCCACCUUGAUCAUUGCCACCAGCAAACUUCCAGAUGAAGAUCUCUUCACGACCACCUUGCCACCGCUCCCCGUUUUGCCCAGCGAAGGCCUUGUGGUGCACCCUGCGCCGGGGAGGACGCCUGCGCCGGGGACGACGACGCCCAGUGCACCGAGCACCCAAAUCCGGAGGCUCAACGAGACGGCCGCCGUGGUCACGGUGCCCACGCCGGCGCCGAAGGUCGCAGAGGCGCCGAAGGUCGCGGGGGAGGCGAGUGAAAAGAUGCCGAUCCCGGACAUCACCUCAGAGGAGCCUUUGGAUGUGAGGGGUCAAGCGUUCUUCAACGAGAACUGCGACAUGGUGAACCGGCUCAUCCAGAUGUCUCGGAAUGAGACCUUCGCGCUGGCGUCGAAGGACUUUCAAAGCCCCACCUUCUAUGGCGAGCUGAAGAAUGGGGAUGUGAAAUGCCUGAACUACAAACUGACGCACUACUACCGUGAGAACUUCUUUGCAAAGAGGUUCAUGUCCACCUCCAGGCUGAUGCAAAAGUUGUGGGACCAGUUGGUGAAUGCCAAGCACGACUCCAUGCUCACGCUUCUCACGCCCAAAAUGGACCCCUUCAGUGAAGAGGCCUUUCGCAUGACUUCAGAGAUCCGCUCGACACUGCAUAAUGCCAGUGUUGAUUCCAGGGAGAGCGGCUUCGGCGCCAUCACGUACAUGAUGUUCUCACCCAGCGCGAUCAUGAUGGACAUGAUCAAAUUCACCCACGAUCGGCUCUUUGUCGCCUUUCUGGGUUGUGCCAUCGUUUGCUUCGUGCUCAUCGCCGUGGCCUUUCAUGCUUGGCUCAUCCCCUUCAAGUUGCUUUUCACUGUGAUCUUGCCAAUCACCUGGACGUAUGGCGCUGCUUUGUAUGUCUACGAGGACGGCGCCCUGGAGUGGCUGGGCUUUCCGGGCUUGUCGCCCACGUACAUUACGAACAGUGGCCCUGCAGGUCUUGAUUGGACGGUUCCGAUGUUCACACUGACCAUCAUGCUGGGCCUGGCUUUAGAUUACGACGUCUUCCUCUUCGAGCGCGUCUGGGAAUUCCGAGAAGAGGGCUUCGGAGACAACGAGUCCGUGCAGUUGGCUCUGUCUGCCACGGGGCCCACGAUCACAGCUGCUGGUCUCAUCUUCGCCUUUACGUUUACCAGCAUGCUGCUUGGGAGCAUGGCCAUCACAAACCAGAUGGGCUUUAUUUUCAUCUUCAGCAUUGUGGUGGACACCUUUGUGGUACGAACCGUGCUCGUGCCUGCGAUGCUCUCACUGAACCCACGCUUAAACUAUUGGCCUUCCGACAUGCCGGAGGUCAAGAUUACUUGGCUCGGGAAAUAA